UGUUUUCUUCUUCUUCUUCUUCUAUUUUCCUUUUUUUACGUCUUAAACCCCAAACUUCGCCGCCGCCAUGUCCGUCCUCAGCCGCCUCAGCGCGGUGGCGCGGCCGAUCCGCUGUUUCCGUGAGUCUCCGAUCGCGAGAAGAGCGUAUGGAUCUGCGGCGGCACUGGAGGUGGAUUACGAUUACUAUGAGGACGACGAGGAAUUCGAGAGAGUGAGUGGGGAUCGGAGCCAGGGCAGGGCGAUGGCGGAAUCUCGAGGGUGGAUGCCGAGAAGAGGAGUGCAGUGGGUGGUUUUGGGAGACCCUGGGUCGAAGAAGCAUGUUUAUGCAGAGAGGCUCUCGAAGCUUCUCGAUGUUCCUCAUAUUUCCAUGGGGAGUCUUGUUCGUCAGGAGCUCAAUCCUCGGUCUUCUAUCUACCAGCAGAUUGCUAGUUCAAUCAAUGAAGGAAAGCCUGUUUUGGAAGAAAUCAUUUUCAGACUGUUGUCAAAGAGGCUAGAAGAAGGGUAUUGCAAUGGUGAAUCGGGCUUCAUUCUUGAAGGAAUUCCAAGAACAAGGAAUCAAGCAGAGAUUCUUGACCGAACUGCAGAUAUUGAUUUGGUCAUUAAUUUCAAAACCACUGAAGAGCCCUUGAUUAGAAAGAAUCUGGGUUCUGGAAACUUUUCUGGCUUUCAUGAAUAUAGCACCAUAUGCAGCUCUGGGAGCAGUCAAAAUCUCCAGCCACUGGACAAAGAGCCGAAAUGCCUUUCUGCUACUACAGAAUAUUCCUGGAAAGAAAUGACAUCUAUGGAGCAGAGGAAGCCAUUGGAAGAGUACUACAGAGGACAGAGGAAACUUGUGGACUUCCAAGUAACAGGAGGGCCGGGAGAAACAUGGAAAGGGUUAUUGGAAGCAUUACAUCUUCAGCAUAUUAAUGCUGUAAGUUCUACUCAGAAGCUAACCACAUGAUUUUAGCUUCAAGUUUUGGUUCAUCCUUUUUAACCAUUGCGGCGUAGUAGUAAAUAUAAAUGUGAGAGUGAAUUGACAUAAUAACAUCAUCAUGCUGGAGUUUUCCUACCCCAAAUAUAUUGAGUUUUGAUGUUUUGUUCAACAAUUUUUGUUUGUUUGUGAGUUUUGUAAUGUAGAAGUCAGUCAGUGAAGUUAUAAGGGAAGUUUUGACAAAAAUGUCA